AUGAAUGGUAGAGAGACUAGACGUUUCUCUACUCUUGAUUCACUGGCUUAAAAUGGAGAAAGUAGAUAUAAAACAACCUUGUCUUACUCGGUAAAUACAAAAGAAACUGGACAAAAACUUGAAAAGAACAUUACACUUUAGUUAGCCUUAUUGGUAUACCUAAUAAAAAUAUUUUGGCAGAAGGAACAAUUAACAAAGAGAGUACUAAACAUGAACACAAUCUGUAAUUAUAGAAAAUCCAGAAUAGUGAAAAUGACAAUUGGGUUAGUUUGAUUAACAUUUGUCCUUUUCUUUUUAUAAAAAAAAAAAAAAAAAAAUUUGGUUCUUCUACGUUUUCUGCAUGUCACAAUAACGACACUGUAUUUGUAUGAUGACAACAGAAACAAUUAAAUCUCUUGAAUCAUCAACCACCAGUCAACACACAUCGCUUUCUUUCUUUAUCUCCUUUGAUCCAACUAUAGUCUCUCUUCUGUUAUUUUCUUUUUUUUUUUUAAAUUUUCAACUGCAAGUCUUUCUUGGGUUACUUGGAAGAUUAUUGUUUUUAAGCUUACACUGUCAAUUGGCUAUGGAUUGGAGGAGCUGUACUAGUGGACUUAGAGAGCUGAGGCCAUUGCUUCACUUGCUUUUGCCACUAUCUGUUCAUUGGGUUGCUGAAGAAAUGACACUUUCAGUUCUUGUUGAUGUUAUUACUGAUGCUUUAUGCCCUGGGGAUUCUACUUGCUCUCAGGCUAUUUAUCUCAGUGGUCUCCAACAAACUGUGGUUGGAAUUUUCAAGAUGGUGGUUCUACCACUCUUAGGCCAACUUGCAGAUGAGCAUGGGCGUAAACCAUUUCUCCUUCUUACUAUAUCCACAUCCAUAAUUCCUUUCGCUGUACUUGUCUGGAAUCAAUCUAAAGGAUUUGUGUAUGCCUACUAUGUGCUUCAUACGAUUUCAUAUAUUCUAAGUCAAGGAAGCAUUUUCUGCAUUGCUGUCGCCUAUGCUGCAGAUUUUGUCAAAGAAGGCAAGAGGGUUGCAGCAUUUAGUUGGAUCACCGGCCUCUUUUCUGCUUCUCAUCUCUUAGGAAAUGUCCUAGCACGUCUUCUUCCUGAGAAAUAUAUAUUUAUGGUUUCAGUUGCUCUCUUGAUAUGUUGCCCACUGUAUAUGCAAUUCUUUCUAGUUGAGACAAUUCAACCAGCUCAAAGAAGGGACCAAGAUUCAACCUUCUUGACUAAGACCAUCAAGGUUUUGCACACACGAUAUAAAUCAAUGAAGGAUGCUGCAACAAUUGUCUUUAGCAGCCACACGCUCAGAGGCAUUUCUUUUGUUUCCUUCUUCUAUGAGUUGGGAAUGUCUGGCAUCAGCACUGUCUUAUUUUAUUAUCUAAAGGCAGCAUUUGGUUUCAGCAAAAAUCAAUAUUCAGAAAUUCUGUCCAUGGUGGAAAUUGGAGAAAUAUUUUCUCAGAUUUUGGUGCUUCCUCUUAUCAACCCUUUGGUUGGGGAGAAAGUGAUACUAUGUAUAGGAUUACUUGCAUCGAUUGCUUAUGCUCUACUAUAUGGCUUAGCAUGGGCACCUUGGGUGGCUUACUUAAGUGCCUCGUUUGGAGCCAUUGAUGUUCUUGUGAAGCCUUCUACUUAUGCUAUUAUUUCCAAAGCAUCAAGCUCAACAAAUCAGGGAAAGGCACAGGGAUUUGUUGCUGGUGUGCAAGCAAUAGCAAGUCUGUUAUCCCCACUUGCAACGAGUCCAUUAACUUCAUGGUUCCUGUCUAGCAAUGCUCCUUUCAACUGCAAAGGUUUCAGCAUUAUAGUUGCAUCUCUUUGCAUGAUGGUUGCUUUAUGUUAUGCUUUCCUGCUUAAACGGGAGCAACACUCAAUCCAGGAGGAAGACAUUGAAGCACCAAUUUUGACCUGACAACUAACUUUCAGCUUAGUUUUGUUAUUCUUGAGGGAAAUUAUGCAAAGAUGUUAUGAUCCUGCAAGUCAUAGAUUUGCAAUGUUUAGCCUAUGCAAUUUUAGCUCUCAAAGUUUUUUCUCUAUGAGCCUAAUUUGCCUGUUAAUGAAUAUCAGCUUAUCAAGGGUAGUGUUAAUAUUUAUCUUAUGACAGAUAAUUACUGGAGAUCCUAUGUUAA